AUGUUGCUUAAAACUUUGUGUAUAAUAUCAACUUUAUUUUACCUAAAUAAUAGUGAGACUGCAGUGCUCAUACUUGCUAGAGGUGGUUCUAAAGGAAUACGAAUGAAAAAUUUACAAACAGUAGGAGGAAUAAGUUUACUGAGUCGUGCCAUACUUACUGCUAAAGCUGCAGGACUGAACGACAUUACUGUUUCAACUGACCAUCCGCUGAUAGCACUACAAGCUAUAAAAGAUAACGCUACUGUAUUUCAUCGAAGCUUCAUCACGGCUACCGAUUGGGCACCUUCGAUUUGGGGUGCUUCUGAGUUUUUAGAAUUCAGGCGUGAUAUAACUGUUCUUGUCUUGGUACAAGUUACUUCACCGUUUACUCAGGCCCGUCAUUUACGAAGAGCUAUUGAACAAAUUAAUUAUCCAAAGCCAUAUGACUGCAUAUUUUCUGCAACACGAAGCUAUAAAUUACGCUGGAGCAUGAAAGAAGGUAAAUUCUACCCUGCGAAUUUUAACGUUGAGACUCGUAAACGUAGACAAGACUGGAAGGGUGAAUAUUUAGAAACAGGAGCAUUUUACAUAGCACGGAGAGCUAUUUUGGAUGAAGGAAAAUUUCAGAAUAACAACUGUACCAUAUUUGAAGUUAGCGCCACGGAAAGUUUAGAAAUUGAUACCGUUCAAGAUCUACAACUUGCGGAUAUUUUACUCAACACAAACUUUUUAUAA